AUGCCCCGCGCCGCCCCUCGGUGGCCGCCGCUCCUGCUGCCGCUGCUGCUGCUCUUGCUGCCGCCGCCGCCGCCGCUCGCCCGCGGCGCCCCGGCCCGGCCCGGCGCCCGAGGGCAGGCCUCGGAGCUGGUGGAGCCCACGCGGUUGCCGGGCAGCGCGGGCGAGCUCGCGUUCCACCUGUCCGCCUUCGGCAAGGGCUUCGUGCUGCGCCUGGCGCCCGACGCCAGCUUCCUGGCGCCCGAGUUCAAGAUCGAGCGCCUCGGGGGCUCCGGCCGGGCGGCCGGGGGCGAGCGGGAGCUGCGCGACUGCUUCUUCUCCGGCACGGUGAAUGGGGAGCCCGAGUCGCUGGCGGCCGUCAGCCUGUGCCGCGGGCUGAGCGGCUCCUUCCUGCUGGACGGCGAGGAGUUCACCAUCCAGCCGCAGGGCGCGGGGGGCUCCCUGCGCCAGCCGCACCGCCUGCAGCGCUGGGGGCCUCGGGCGCGCCUCGGGACCCCCGGGCUCGCCUCCUCCGAAGCCCACCCCCUCCCCGGAGGACCCGAGUGGGAGGUGAAGGGAGAGGAUCAGAGGCAGGAGAGAGGAGACGAGGAACAGGAGAAGGAAGAGGUGGAGGAGGAGGAGGAGGAGGAAAUGGAGGAGGAGGAGGAGGGGGGCAAAGAAGAGGAGGCAGAAGGCGCCCGCGAUCUCCCACCACCCCUGGGGUCCACGAGUAGGACCAAGCGGUUUGUGUCCGAGGCUCGCUUCGUGGAAACGCUGCUGGUGGCCGAUGCAUCCAUGGCUGCCUUCUAUGGAGCCGACCUACAGAACCACAUCCUGACGCUGAUGUCCGUGGCAGCCCGAAUCUACAAGCACCCCAGUAUUAGAAACUCCAUCAAUCUCAUGGUGGUAAAAGUGCUGAUCGUGGAAGAUGAAAAGUGGGGCCCGGAAGUGUCUGACAACGGGGGGCUCACCCUGCGCAACUUCUGCAGUUGGCAGCGGCGUUUCAACCAGCCCAGUGACCGGCACCCAGAACACUUUGACACAGCCAUUCUGCUCACCAGACAGAACUUCUGUGGGAAGGAGGGGAUGUGUGACACCCUGGGUGUGGCGGACAUUGGCACAAUCUGCGACCCCAACAAGAGCUGCUCUGUGAUCGAGGAUGAGGGGCUCCAGGCGGCCUACACCCUGGCCCAUGAGCUAGGGCACGUCCUCAGCAUGCCCCAUGACGACUCCAAGCCCUGCACACGGCUCUUUGGGCCCAUGGGCAAGCACCACAUGAUGGCGCCGCUCUUCAUCCACCUAAACAAGACGCUGCCCUGGUCUCCCUGCAGUGCCAUGUACCUCACGGAGCUCCUGGACGGUGGGCACGGAGACUGUCUCCUGGAUGCCCCCACCUCGGCCCUGCCCCUCCCGACAGACCUGCCAGGCCGCAGGGCCCUCUAUGAGCUGGACCAGCAGUGCAAGCAGAUCUUUGGGCUGGGUUUCCGCCACUGCCCCAACACCUCUGCACAGGACAUCUGCGCCCAGCUCUGGUGCCACAUGGAUGGCACCGAGCCCCUUUGCCACACGAAGAAUGGCAGUCUGCCAUGGGCUGAUGGGACGCCCUGUGGGCCUGGGCACCUCUGCUGGGAUGGCAGCUGUCUGCCUGAGGAGGAAGUGGACAGGCCCAAGGCUGUGGUGGAUGGAGGCUGGGCCCCUUGGGGACCCUGGGGAGAAUGUUCCCGGACCUGCGGAGGAGGAGUACAGUUUUCACACCGUGAAUGCAAGGACCCUGAGCCUCAGAAUGGAGGAAGAUAUUGCCUGGGUCGGAGAGCCAAGUAUCAGUCAUGCCACACAGAGGAAUGCCCCCCUGAUGGGAAAAGCUUCAGGGAGCAGCAGUGUGAGAAGUAUAAUGCCUACAAUUACACUGACAUGGAUGGGAACCUCCUACAGUGGGUCCCCAAGUAUGCGGGGGUGUCCCCCCGGGACCGCUGCAAGUUGUUCUGCAGAGCCCGGGGGAGGAGUGAAUUCAAAGUGUUCGAGGCCAAGGUGAUCGAUGGCACCCUGUGUGGACCAGAGACUCUAGCCAUCUGCGUCCGUGGCCAGUGUGUCAAGGCUGGCUGUGACCACGUGGUGGACUCGCCUAGGAAGCUGGACAAAUGUGGGGUGUGUGGGGGCAAAGGCAAUUCAUGCAGGAAGGUGUCUGGUUCCCUCAACCCCUCCAGUUACGGCUACAACGACAUUGUCACCAUCCCAGCUGGUGCUACUAACAUCGAUGUGAAACAACGAAGCCACCCGGGGAUCCAGCACGACGGCAGCUACCUGGCGCUGAAGACGGCCGAUGGGCAGUACCUGCUCAAUGGAAACCUGGCCAUCUCUGCCAUAGAGCAGGACAUCUUGGUGAAGGGGACCAUCCUUAAAUACAGCGGUUCCAUUGCCACCCUGGAGCGGCUGCAGAGCUUCCGGCCCCUGCCCGAGCCUCUGACCGUGCAGCUCCUGACUGUCCCUGGUGAGGUCUUUCCCCCCAAAGUCAAAUAUACCUUCUUCGUUCCGAAUGACGUGAACUUCAGCACCCAGAACAGCAAAGAGAGGGCGACCACCAACGUCAUCCAGCCCCUGCUCAAUGCGCAGUGGGUCCUGGGGGACUGGUCUGAGUGCUCCAGCAGCUGCGGAGCUGGCCGGCAGCGGCGGACCGUGGAGUGCCGGGACCCCAACGGCCAGGCCUCUGCCACCUGCAGUGAGGCUCUGAAACCCGAGGAUGCCAAGCCCUGUGGAACCCAGCCAUGCCCGCUGUGAUCCCUGGGUGGGGGGGUGGGGGGGAGUGGGGCCGGUCUCGUGCUCAUGGACUCGGGGUGCUGGGGUGCAGACCGGAGUACCCACUGCGGUGACCCGACCUAUGGAGGCGGCAUGGCCUAUCCAGGCCUGCCAUUGCCACAGCCACUCCAAUUUGGCAUGAAUUCACAAUGGGGAGACGAGAAUGGGG